AUGCGGUCCCUUUCCAUCACUGCCCUCCUUUUGUCGUUUUGUUCCUUCAACACUGGAAACUGUGAACACGAUGAGGACCCGAAGUACCUGGAUGUGGAGUUUGCCUUCACCCUGUACCAGCGCUUAGCAGAGCCUGACAACCAAACUGACCUCCUCAUUUCUCCUGCAAGCAUCUCUCUUGCCUUGGGACUUCUUCAGUUUGGCGCUCAAGGGAACACUUUUGCACAACUGGAGCAUGCUCUGGGAUACAGCCCUCAUGACCAGGAUGCCUACCAUGGUGUUCCUGCCCUAUAUAAAGAUAAGACCAACUCAAGCCAAGAGUCUGUAGCCCAGCUGUCCUGUGCCCUCUUUAUUCAAACUGGAAUUUGUCUUUCACCUCAGUUUGUUCAACAUGCUGCGCUCUGGGCCAACCAUACAGUGCAACACACUAACUUCAGUGAACCUAACAGGACCACAGCACAAAUAGAUGAAUGGAUUGCUGCAAGGACCAGAGAUGGAGAAACAAAUACCCUGUCCCUGGAAACCACUGAUUCCCCUCUUAACCAAAUAGUUUUGGUGAGCACCAUGUACUUCAGAAGCACUUGGCAAAGGAAGUUCACCUUUACAGAUACUCAGGCUUUGUCUUUUACCACUGCAGAGGGCUUCAUUCGGAAUGUGCCAACUAUGUAUCUCAGCACUGAAGUGAAUUACGGGGAGUUCCUGACUGAACAUCUGGAAUGGAUCAGUGUGGUGGAAUUGCCCUAUCUGGGAGAGGAAGCCAGCAUGUUUGUGAUACUUCCAUCUGACAAGAGAACAUCUCUAACCCAGACUGAGAAACACCUCACAGCCCAAACCUUCUCAGUAUGGUCCAAUAGCAUGAAGAGAACAAAGAUGGACAUAUUUCUCCCCAGGUUCAGAAUUCAAAACCACUUGGACCUAAAAAAGGUUUUGCCUGCAUUAGGAAUUACAGAUAUGUUUGAUCCCGCUGUGGCUGAUUUUAGUAGAAUUUCAGAACAGGGGAGCUUGUUUAUCUCAGAAGCCAUCCACAAAGCAAAGAUUGAAGUGACAGAAGAUGGUACAAGAGCCUCAGGCGCUACAGCUAUGGUAUUGCUAAAAAGAUCCCGGGCUCCUGUCUUCAAAGCUGACAGACCUUUUAAUUUUCUCCUUAGGCAAGCCAGAACAGGUUCCAUUCUCUUCAUAGGAAGAAUUACAAAUCCCACAGAAUAA